AUGUCUCGAAAUACCUCUUCGCUCCCCCAGCAGGGGACUCUCUUGACUGGAGUUGCGACGGCAGGGUCCAUGUCGCGGCGGACCGCCAGUGCGUCGUCUUUCCUUUCUCAGCGCCUGGGGGAUUCCUUCCGCUUUCUUCCGCAACCCACGGCUGCGGCCUCCUCGAAGCGCACGCGCCAGUUCCUCCAAAACCUAGCUUCUUCCUCUUCGUUGUCUUCUCAUGAGGCUCAGCAAGUCCUCACGAGUGCAACCGACUCGAAAGUCGCUCUCCGCUCAGGCCCAAGCGCUUCCCUUCGAUCCGAGGUUGGCCCUGCGUCUGAGCAUCGCGCGGUGAAACAGCCGAAGCUGGUCACGCGCCCCUGUGUAGCUACAAUCCACUCGAACGCGCACCCUGCUGGAGAUGCCUUUUCGGCUUCGUUCGCCUUCGGCUCGAAUGGCCCUCUGGGGCCCCAACCUGAGAAAGUGACGCCUCCCCCUCUGGCGUUUGUUCCCGGCCUCUCUCGCGCGCGAUCUCAACAGACUGGAACAGACAGUUCGUUCGCGUCCAAGAGUGUCCUGAGUCUGACUUCUCGGAACGUCGCAGCGGCGAGCCGGGGCUCGUCUCCCUCUCCGGCCACGGCGCUCCUGAACGUGAAGCCGCUUGACGGCGAGAAGAAAGGCGCGAGUGUCGAGACGGCUGACGCUCAAGCAGAGAGCCGGGCACAGGCAGAACCUGUCCCUGCGAACACGCAGAACAUUCGUCCGCGGAGCGAGGGCGCGUGCGUGGAUACGAGGGCUCCGAGCCUGCUGCCUUCCCGCCUCGAUUUUCUGAAUCUGGCCGAGUGCUGCCGUCUGAUUAUGUGCGACACGGCAGAGGCGUUCGGCGACGACUUUGGGGUUGACAACACGCACAACUCGCGCCUGGCCCAGUUCAGCUACGACCAGGCGGCGUACAAGGCCGACAAGGCUCACCCUGUGAGCGACUAUACGGCCGUCAGCAAGCGCAUAUCCCCGGAGACGCGCGACUUGCUCAUGUGUAUCUUAAACCAGGUUUCAGCGCAUCUGGCCCAGAAUUCGGCCGCGUCUUCUGGAAACGGGGAGUCCGGCGAGAAGCAGGAGAAGACGACGCCAGGGUCCGAUCCGCUGAGCCCGCGGGCUGCGGCCACUGUAGCUAUUGCAAUUCAACUCUUUGAUCGCUUCAUGCAUGUCGUACACCAGAACGACGUGCACUACGGCGUGAGCGCCGAGCACCGGAUGCAUCCGCUGCAUGGCCUCAACACUUUGUCGGGAAAUGGCCAAGGAAGAAGCGCGACGAUGAACAAUUUGCUCUUGAAUCAGAUGAUCGCGAUUGCCUGCUUCUGCUUCGCAGAUAGGGUUGAAGCCAUCCAUGCGUACGACUACUCCGCGGUUCUCGAGGCGUGGAAACAGCAGGCGACCGGGCUGUUGCGACAGAGCUGGACGUCCUCUCUGUUGUCGUCGACUGUGCUAAAGCAGAAGCUCAUGCACAUCGAGAGGAAAAUCAUUUCUCACGUUCCGCCGGCCGGGAAUGUCUCUGUGACUCCGAUCUCCGAACUCACCGAAGCACUCCUCAACGUGGCUGCGCAGUUCGCCCACCUGAACGCAGCCCAGCGGCAACGGUCUGCAUUGAUCGAGACGACGACACCGAGUCGAGACGAGUGCGUGGGGGGGAGGCCGAACUCAGAUUUGACGAGUCCGAGCCGUGGGAAGACUGCGAGUGGAUUCGCAAAGUAUUCUUCGCCUCUCGACAGCAAGAGACGCGCGUCUGUCUGUGGAGACAUCGGAAGAACAUCCGCCGACGCAAAAGGUUGCCAGCGUCUCUCUCUCUCGGGGCGCGAGACGGCUGCUUCGUCGCGCCGCUGCUCGUCUGUCUCUCUGCGCGAUGGAGACCACGAAACGGCGAACGAGGAAGAAGCUGGGACCCCGACUCCUUCCUCGCCCUUUGCGCUGCGCCUUCGGAUCAGCGGGAGCAACGAGCCCGAUAUGGCGCGUCUGAUCGCCCAGCUUCUGGUCCGGCUCGGCCAGCUGGAUCGCCGCAUUUGUCUGGGCUUUAAGCCGUCGGUCGUGGCGUCUGCUGCUUGUCAAAUUGCGCUCCUUCCCCAGCUGUCCGCCACCGAAAUCUCGCCUCUCUCGCCCUCGGGUCGCCUCGCGGCCACCCGCGCCUUCAUCGCGUCGGGCGCGUCGACGGGCUGUCGCCUCGUGCGCCGCUGCCAGUCGAUGUUGCUGCACAAGUGGCUGAAGGUGCGCAACGCGAUGGCCGCGCUGCUCUCCUCUUCUCUGUCGCACACGCCGCUGCUUCCCGCGCAGCACGCGCCGACCUUGACUGCCUCGCCGGGGCUUUCCGGCGGCGCAUGCAGCUUGCCAGACCGCUUGGCCGCUGAGUGGGUGUUGUCGCGCCUCACGCUUAGCUGCCACAAGAAGAUGCUCGAGUUGCUGCAGUUUCACGCGGAAGUCUGGGCCGAGUGUGCCGCCGCGAAUUUGAAGGCCAAGGCUCUCGCUGUCGGCGCCCCGGUGACCUUCAUCGAGGCUGUGACUGGUGCCAUGGGAGCCGGGAACGGCGCUGCCCGAGGGGGAAGAGAGCCCGAGCGACGAGGAGAGAGGGGUGAGGAGGCUCAGGCGGAUCGGCGCCGGGCGCGGAGUCUGCAGCCUCGACUGAUGAGCAGAGAUCAGGGGUGCGGGGAGGAGCGAGGAACGCAGUCCAGGGCUUCUGGCCUCACGACCAGCGUCGGUUUAUACACGAUCACGGCGCUCCAGAAGGAGCUGAAGCGAGCGGAGCGGGCUUCGAUCGAGGGUCGGCGACUUCGAGAACUUUCCGAAGGGGAGAACGCGAACCAAGAGAACAGAGAAAACAUUUAG